CGGUUUUUCCUUUUUCCCCCCUCUUUCGCAAAACCCAGCAAGAUUGACUCAUAAUUCCCUGUUUUCCACAAAGCUGAGCCAUCCCACGUACAUCCAUGGAGACACGAUCCCAGUUGAAAACCCAUUACUGGGUUCGAGCUUCUCCGUCAGAUUUUGGUGGCACACUUCCCCAACCCCGCAGUGGGCAUACAGCUGUGAACAUUGGGAAAUCAAAGAUUGUGGUGUUCGGAGGCUUAGUCGACAGGAAAUUCCUCAGCGACCUCUUUGUUUAUGAUAUCGAGAACAAAUUGUGGUUUCAACCAGAGUGUACAGGCACUGGUUCUGAUGGGCAAGUGGGUCCCAGACCACGAGCAUUUCAUAUUGCCGUUGCAAUUGACUGCCAUAUGUUCAUCUUUGGUGGGAGGUCUGGAGGUAAAAGGCUGGGCGAUUUUUGGGUCCUAGACACUGAUAUUUGGCAAUGGUCAGAACUUACCAGCUUUGGUGACUUGCCUUCGCCGAGGGAUUUUGCUGCUGCUUCAGCCAUUGGCAAUCGUAAAAUUGUAAUGUAUGGCGGCUGGGAUGGUAAAAAAUGGUUGUCAGACGUCUACGUUUUAGACACAAUUUCACUUGAGUGGAUGGAGUUAUCAGUUUCUGGAGUUUUACCCCCUCCAAGAUGUGGACAUACAGCCACUAUGGUAGAGAAACGGUUGCUUGUCUAUGGUGGCAGAGGUGGUGGAGGACCAAUCAUGGGUGAUCUAUGGGCUUUAAAGGGUCUUAUUGAAGACGAGAAUGAAAGUCCAGGUUGGACUCAAUUGAAGCUUCCUGGUCAAGCUCCUGCAGCCAGUUGCGGGCAUACUGUCACAUCUGGGGGGCCUAAUCUUUUAUUAUUUGGAGGGCAUGCAACUGGUGGCUGGUUGAGUCGCUAUGACGUUUACCACAAUGAUUGUGUUGUUUUAGACAGGGUGUCUGUACAAUGGAGACGCCUACCAACUAACAAUGAUCGACCAGCUGCUCGAGCGUAUCAUUCCAUGACUUGUAUUGGUUCACGAUAUUUACUAUUUGGUGGGUUUGAUGGAAAAUCAACCUAUGGUGAUAUUUGGUGGUUGGUUCCAGAAGAGGAUCCUAUUGCAAAGCGUUUGACAAUGUCCUUGCCUGCAGUUAUUCCUGAAAAUAAAAAUGCUUCAAUAGCAAAUGAUAGCUUCAUCUCCCAAGACAAGGAAGGCCAAACUGAAGGAUCUAUAUUCUCAGAAUUGCAUAGAAAGUUAGAAGUUUCUGUUUCGCUUAAUCAUCAUAAGCUAAUCAUGGAUGAGCUGGAGGACAGAGAAUUUGCUGAACUGGCUUCACAAGUUAAUGGAGAAAAGUUUCCCAGCAAUGUACAGGCACUUCGUCACCAUUGGAAAAUGUCCUCACCAGAGUCUAUACAACUGAAAGAGCUUAGUCCCUUACUUCGUGACUACCAACGCCUAAUUAUCCGUCAUCAUCUAAACAAAGUUGAUUUGAAGUCACAGCCUGUGGAAUCUGGCUUUCCUGAAAGAGAGACUUUCCGGUACUAUCAUAUUAGAAAUGCUAUGCAGGGGGGUCUGUCUUCAGCUGCCUUCCACAGAAAAUCCUUCAUAGGACCAGUGUUUUGUAAAGUUUUCUAUGGCAAAUGACUACACUGCGCAUUGAUGAUAUCCCAAGUUUACUGGCAGAGUACAAGGAGCUGUUAUCAUAUGUAAAAGAAAACUGAAAGCUUAAACAGAAUUCUGUGAAGCAUUGUGAAUUGGAUCUUUCAUUUUCUAAUUGCCUUGUUAAGGUAUUAGAUAGCUGUUCAUUCCCAAGUGCCUGACGAUGUCUGUUUUCUUCAGCUUAAACAGGCAACUACAUAUUAUACCUAUUUGUGAACUGGCGGAGCAGACUACGAGUUAAUGGAUCUUCUCUUUGUGCAACAUUUCAUUUGUUUUAGACUAGCGAGGAUAGAAAAGUCAAUGCAAAAGUAACGUUAAAAAAAAAAACUUGUUCUGCGAGUCUCUUUUAUUUUGGAUAAGGUUCUGUGACUCUGUUGAAUCUCAUUUUCUGGGUGGAAUUCAGGAUUGCAAAUGCCAACUAUGUAUCUUGAUUUGUUGGAAGUUUGUAUUAGAAGCUU